GUAAGGGAUUUAUCGGCUUUUAUUUCAGGCAUGUAUUAUAUGAAAAAUUAAAGAAUGCUUAUUGAUUGCAGGUGAGCUCAUGGGUUACCCACACAAUAACAAGUGGCUCAACAAUCGAAGAGCGUCAGGCCUUCCUCUCUUGUCUCUUACGAGUCGCGCAAACCUGCUGGAAUACUGGCAACUUUAAUUCGGCAAUGGAGAUCAUCGCUGGUCUCAAAUCCAAUAAGUUGAAGCCUUUUUGGCAGAGUGUGAAUGAACCAUUACCAGUACUAGAAUAUCUCUCAUCAGCUCUCCUGUCUUCCGAAUAUGAACGGGCACUGGCACGUGCAUUGGCAAUGCCAGAAUGUCCUGUCAUACCUUUUUUCGGGGCUUUUUUACGAGAAUUGCGAGAAGUAAUUGCUUCUGUCAACAAGCAACCAACGGAGAACCGAGAAAAGAAGACUCAGCGCAGUAGUAGUAAGGAGGGUUCUUCCCUUGAGCACGUGCUUUCGGGUUCGCCAGGUGCGCGAGCCAGUAUUGGAAGCAAUGUAGAUGUGAGCUUUGCAUGGAGAAUUUCACCUAGAAGUAGCGCUGAUUCUGAAGAUAAGGCUGAUCGUACCAGUGAGACGACGGCAGUUAUAGAUAAAGUCUCAUUGUUUCAUUCACAUCGUCAUGCUCGAGGGAGAGACGCAACAACUGGUUCACUACAUCGUACCUUGAGUGUACAUACUACAGCUCUUGAACAAGCUUAUACUGCAGAGGAGUGUGAUGAGAAUGACUAUCAUCUUGACCUCGAUUCUUAUAAGCCGAUUCAACCCCUUGUUGCUGACCAUGGAGUUGCACUUUUUCCUGUUGCUGCUCCUCAUCAUGGAAUGGAUCUUCAUUUGCUUCAGGUUCUUCAUCAUGGUACGACAUUAGUUCAUUGGGAUUAUGAAGGAGCUGGGGGUUCACGAACGACACUAGUGUACGCACGCGUUGAUCGUGCUUGUGGGACAUUAGUAUGGGAAAAACCAACAUGGAGUCCAUUAAAAACACCCGGAUUCGGUGGAAUUUCAUCCGAAUUUUCAUUAACAGUAAAUCCUGAAGAGUCUGUACCACCAAUUCUUAUCUCAAAAUAUACAUCUCUCCAGACGGAAUGUGCUUCUAUUAGUUUAGAAGAAGGUUACUUGGAUCUAAAUUCCGUGAAAGAAGUUAUUAUUGGCUGUUGUGAUAAAGAUAGAGAAGUAGAACUGCGUGGUAUCUGUAAAAGAUACGGUCUCCCCGGUUCUGACUCUUGUAUCGGCCUGAUGUAUGGUUCAAGUCUAUCUGAUAAUCGGAUCAUUUUUUUCCUCGGUCCACCUGCUUUAAGCAAACUGUGGUACAUGGGUCUUUGUUGGAUUCUGCGAGGUUUAAAACGUCAGCAACAAUUAACGGAUAGACGAUCUCGGUGGUUAAAAGAAAAAUAUCUUCAAUUAUAUUUUGAGGAAGGCUGUGUCGAACCAACUACAGCUGAUGCAAUUAGAGUCUUUGGUGGACGAGAUUGGUCUACGACUGAUAGUAUUGGCACAUUAUCACCUACCAAUAGUGGCAAUAUUCGACGGCGGACUCCUAAACCUGGAAAAAAAACUAAAUCAAUUAGUAACAUACAUGGUUUAACAAAGGAAUUGAGUUUGAAGCAAUACGAUUCAUCAUCCUCGGACGGUGGCAUUACAGCAGCUCCACUGCGUCAUAUUACCGGAAGUCGUGAAUCUUUAACAAGAAUUGCACCUAUCUCUCCACGAUCUAGCCGUGACCGUAUCCCACCACGUAGUCCUCCUGGUUCAGCUGAACGGAUCUCAUCAAGUUCACCCUAUUCCAGUUUACAAAGCUUGCUAUGCGUAACAAGAGAAAAAGACAAAAAUGGAUCAAGUCCUACUCCAGCAGUUGUGGAAUCACCUUGGCAAGUCAAAGCACGUGCUACAUCUAUUAUGUACGAGACUCAACUUAAUUUUGUUGAGUUCGUUGCACUUUUCCGAUCUUUUAGUUUGAGAGCUAGAAAAGAUCUUCGUGAUCUUUUUGGUCAGUUAGCUAUUACGUGUCGUAGUCAAAGUGAUGGAUCUCUACGUGAUUUUACAAUGCGACCUAUCGUACUUCGUCAAACUAGUGAUGCUACCCCACAGCGAAUUGGUUUACUGACUAGAAAUAAUUCAAUUGACUGUUAUGAGUAUAAAACAAGUGGUAAUUUUCAUAAAAAACAAAUUUUCGACGCAAUUGCUGCUGCAAGUAUUGUUAACAAUUGUUCAGGUGUUGAUACUUCCAAAUCACAAGUUAUUACUCUUGCAACGUUUACUAAAUUUCUAGAAUCACGUCAGCAAGAAAAACUUACUGAUGAACAAAUCAAAACACUCAUCAAAAGACAUGAGCCGGAUCCAGCAUUACGAGUUCAAUGGUGUUUAUCAUUCGAGGGAUUUGCUCGCUAUAUGAUGGACAAAGAUAACUAUGCAUUUCCGAAUGAAUAUGCCAUUCCAACAGAUACAGAAAUGCAACAGCCGCUAUCUCAAUAUUAUAUUGCAAGUUCACAUAAUACUUAUUUGACAGGGCAUCAACUUAAAGGAGAAUCUUCUGUUCAACUAUAUUCUCAAGUACUUUUAACUGGAUGUAGAUGUGUCGAGCUUGACUGUUGGGAUGGAGAUGACGGAUCUCCAUUGAUAUAUCAUGGUCAUACAUUCACUACCAAAAUUCCGUUCAGAUCAGUGGUUGAAGCUAUCGACAGAAGUGCUUUUAUCACAUCUCCAUAUCCAGUUAUUCUCUCUAUUGAAAAUCAUUGUACACAGAGCCAACAAGCCCGUAUGGCUCAAAUAUUUCAGUCGGUGUUUGGAGAUAAAUUGAUUACUAAAUUUUUAUUCGAUUCGGAUUUUGGUGAUGACCCACAACUGCCGUCACCUUCUCAAUUGCGACAUAAAAUUCUCAUAAAAAAUAAAAAACUCGUCGUAGAUCCUACUGCACCUUUAGUUCAUCCGGCUGUCAGUCAACGAUGCAAAAUGUUGAUGACUGAUCGCGCAUCGUCGAUGAAACAAAUGAGAACUGAAAUGAGUAGUACAUCUGUUGUCGAGUAUUUUAGUGAAGAUGAUGAUGACGAUGAGGAUGACGAUGAAGAUGAUAAUGUUGACGAUAAUUCAAUUUCAAGUUACGAGAGAUACUUGGGAAAUAGUCAAAUGUCUCAUGGUCGAUUGAAAUCAGAUCCUGCAGGGGACGAUAGAUCUCAAAAGCAGAGCAGUCAAAUAGCAAAGGAAUUAUCCGAUCUAGUAGUUUAUUUGCAAGCCAUAAAAUUUCGAGGAUUAAAUUUGACACCAUCAAGUACAGUACCAUCAGCAACCAAACCACGUCAUCAAAGUCACACCGGUACAGUCCAAAGACACAGUAUUGCUGGGAUUGGUACAGGAGGAAUAGCUUCAACUUCAACAGGUUCUCCACAAUCAUUAUCAACUUCAAUAUCUGUUGCUAGUGGUGGUAGUAAUAUUGAUGCUCUUUUUCGACCAACUCGUGGUGUACCAGCUUGCUUUCAAUGUUCAUCAUUGAAUGAGAGUGCUGCCAAAAAAAUUUGCCGAAAGCAACCAUUGGGUGUUGUUGCUCAUGCUGAAACUCAAUUAAUCCGUACUUAUCCAGCUGGAAUGCGAAUAGAUUCAUCAAAUUUUAAUCCAGUAAUAUUUUGGGCAUUCGGUAUUCAAAUGGUAGCACUGAAUUAUCAAACAGACGAUGCUGCGUCACACCUUAAUGCCGCAAUGUUUGAACAAAAUGGCCAGUGUGGUUACGUGAGGAAACCAUCAGUUAUGUGGGACAAAGGACACAUGAUGUAUCGAAGGUUUAAUCCGUGGGACAAGGAAUUUGAUGGUUUACAUUCAAUUCAUCUAACUCUAUCUGUUGUCUCUGGCCAAUAUAUAUCAUCGACAAACCUUCUUGCUAGUACGUACGUUGAAAUUGAAUUAGUUGGAAUACCCAUUGAUUGUGCCAAACAUAAAACAAAAGUUAUUCAAAGUAAUGCAUUAAAUCCUAUUUGGAAUGAAAAAUUUUGUUUCCAAGUAAUGUUUCGUGAUUUGGCAUUUUUAAGAUUUGGAAUCGUUGAAGCAAAUUCUCAUCAUUUAAUAGCUCAAAGAGUUUUACCUCUUAAAUGUUUAAAGCCGGGUUAUCGACACGUACGUUUACGUUCGUGUAAAAAUAAACCAUUAGCUCUUUCAACACUUUUUAUUUAUUCACGAAUGGAAGAAGAAAGUUUAGAUUAUAAUACUUGCUGUCGCGAUCAUAAUAAAGAAUCUAAACGUCCUGCGCCUGGAAAAACACCUGAAAAAUUAAGUACUGUUGAUCCAGGACUUGGAGGUGUUACAUUAAAACGUCGUAUGUUUUUCCUAAUGGUUUACGAUGUCAUACCAGACGAACCUUAUACUAUUUUAAAAGUGACACAAGAGAGUACAACUCAAGAAGUAAUGCUUCAAGCUCUCCAAAAAGCUGGUGUAUCUGCUGAGCACGUAGACGAGUAUAUUCUAGUCGAAGAAGUGUCUCGUGGAUGGGAAAAAAAAGAUAGAGAUGAACUGCCAACUCAAAGAGUACUAGAUUCAUUGGAGCAUCCACUUCAAGCUCAAGCUCUGUGGAGAGGUCAAGGUCGUUUCUUAUUAAAAAGAGUUGGUAAUGAUCCAAGUAGUAGAGCAUGGUUAGCAUCAAUUAGAAGUACAGCGGGACAUUCAAAAUUAAGUGAGACGAGUGAACGUGAUCAAUCAAUGCAUAUUUGGGAUGAGGCAGAUACUUUUCUUGUUUGCAUUUACAAUGUAUCACCGGAAAUACCUUACGCCAUUCUUCGUGUUCCGGUGACAAGUUCUGCUCAAGAUGUACUAGCACAAGCUCUUGUUAAAGCACGUAGGAUGGAAGAUCCAUCAAAAUUCGCUCUUGUAGAGGAACUUGAGUGGGGCGGCGCUGGCGCUGUCGGCAGUGGUAAUCGUCAACUAAGACUUUUACGUGAUGAAGAAAAUGUUUACAGCACACAAGCAUUUUGGAAAACACUAGGAAGGUUUAUUUUACGUGAAAGGGAACAAGCUAUCCCUCGUAAACAUUUGCUUCCAGCAACGUUAGAUAGAAUAAGUAAGGGUUUUUCAGUAGGUAGAUCAGUGUCAUUACCUGGCUCUAGUAAAGAAAAAGUUCCGGUAGCUGAGGCUCUUUCCGAUCCAACAUCAAGAGGUUUACGACACCGUAUACUCAUGCCAGGACGUAGACGUGAAGUUCAUUCGGAUGGUGAAGAGUCUAGGGAAUCGGAAAUUCUCAAUGCCGCCCUCUACUUAAAGAAGGUGUCGUUGAGAAAACUCAGAGUCUGGAAGUCUUAGUGGCAGUCUCGAGCGACAUCACUCUCA